ACAUAAAAGGCUUCAUAAUUCAUAAAGGUCAUGUUAACUGACUGCUAUUAUCUCAUAAACCUGUGUUAACCUCAGACUUUAUUUAUUUUUUUAUCCCAAAACCUUAUUCUUUCCCCAUUAAUUUUCCGAUAGGAAUGGAUGAACGAAACAAGAGAACUAAUUUCCGGUUUGGGAAUACAAAUUGGCGAGCUCUUUGUCGAACGAGUCUAAAGGCACAAGCUGCACGGUGCCAUUUCAUCUGGUGGUCACAUUAGCGAAACACGGCGAUGGAUUUGCAUGACCGGGAGGAGGAAUGGUUGGUCGCCUUAAAUAGUCGAGCUAGAAGCUCAACUCAUGUCUAAUUGUCUUAUCUAAACAGAUUUCGCUUUUCGUCUUUCUCAAUCCCCACAUUGUUUUUUCAAUGAUGGAGGACGACGAUUUAGUGUGCGAGUAUGAUUCAACCUGGGACACAGAGAGUGAUGAUGGAGACGACCCAGGAGAGAACCAAAUGCGUCUUUCAAACCAGGACAGAACUAAAUCGUAUUGGAAAUCAGGUUUAUGGUCAAACAAUUCCUCCAGAAACAUGAGGGCUGCGAAGGACAUGCAGAACUACAGACGAGGGUAUCCUAAUCUAACAGAUGAUGAAUGCUCAGAAGAAAGAAUGUUUAAUUUAAAAUUCUAUCUCAAUGAAUACCCCUCCUCCCCUGAUGACAUUUUAAUCGAGUCAUUUCAUAAAGAAUGGAGGACUGACUAUAAGAGGCUGGAGAGAGUUCACUCCUACAUUCAGUGGUUGUUUCCACUGCGGGAGCCAGGAGUGAACUACAUGGCCUCUGAGCUCACCAAGAAGGAGAUUCAGGCCUUCCGGGAGAGUGAGGAGGCCAAGAACAGGCUGGUAGAGUCCUACGAGCUCAUGCUGCGGUUCUAUGGCAUCCAGCUGGUUAACAAAGACACAGGCGAAGUCAAACGUGCCGACAACUGGAAGGAACGCUUCGCCAACCUUGAACGGAACAUGCACAAUAACCUCCGCAUCACGCGCAUCCUGAAGAGCCUGGGGGAGCUAGGCUUUGAGCAUUACCAGAGCCCACUGGUGCGCUUUUUCCUGGAGGAGACGCUGGUCAAAAAUAACCUGAGUAGCAUCAAGCGCAGCGUGUUUGACUACUUCCUGUUUGCAGUGCGCGACAAGCAGAAGCGCAAAGAGCUGCUGCGCUACGCCUUCCAGCACUUCGAGCCCAAGGACAGGUUUGUGUGGUGCCCCCGAAAGAUCCAGAAACAGCUGGAGAAGGGAAACGGAGAGGGAGCGGAGGAGGGCUGCCCGCGAGCCAAGGCUAGAGGAGGAGAGGCAGGGGGAGCUGAGAAGGAAGAGAAGGAUGUCACGGAGGAGGUGACAGAGACGGCCAAGUUGACUGAUGAAGCAGUGAGUAGUGACCGAGAUAAGCAGGCCGAGGGGUCUUCUAUUGAUCCUCCUGGGCUAGCGGUCUCCUCAAAGGACUCUGAACCGCUGAGAAACAGGAACUGUAAUGAUACUGACAAUGUUGACAUGGACCAUUCAGGCAGCCCUGAGUCUGUUAAAGGAGACCACAGUAUGAAGGAAGGACUCAAAGAGAACAGUCAAGCCAAGGACAGCGUCCAGAACUCAGUCAAUGUCAAGCCAGCGGCAUCUGAAAUGGAGUCUGAGAAGUUGGCGCAACCGACCAAGAAGAAAAGGGAAGGUCACAAGGGCGUGCCUAGCAACAGGCGGGAGGAAGGCAUGGUUGUCCCCAACAACAACCACCACCACCACUACAAUCAGGUGAGCCUGUCCGUGACAUCAUACCACAAAGUCAAGACUGAUGAUCCCAAAAAGGAUUUGCCCAAAAACGAUUCGCCCAAGAAGAAUUUGACCAAAAAGGAUUCCUCCAAAAAGCACUUGCCAUCGGACUCCUCAGAACGAGGUGAAAAACACCCAAGGACUGACUUUAGUGAUGUGACUGAUAACAAAGCAGUGCCAGUGGAUGGGAAGAACACAGAGAAAGCUUUAAAGGGACAGACAAAUGUAAAAGAAGUGAAAAAUGAAGUGGAGGUGAUGGAUGUGGAAUCCACCUACCAGCUAAGUUCAGACCAAGACAUGGGAUCUUCCUGAAGGAAGGAAGGAAGGAAGGAAGGAAGGAAGGAAGGAAGGAAGGAAGGAAGGAAGGAAGGAAGGAAGGAAGGAAUCUGAGGCAGACUAAAGGGACAUAUGUUCACUUGUGUACAUUUAUGGCCAAUCCCAAAAUUGACUCCAUCAGAUAACAUAGGUAUAAGCCAUAUGGUAAAAGCUCCAUAUUACUGUCUAAUACUGUAGGCCAAAUGGAAUUCUCUGCAUAUUGCUUACACUUUUCCAAUCCUCUCAUAAUGGCAUACGUUCUGAUUUCUACAGAAAUUCCUAGGAUGUAGGGUCUGGGUGGUUUCCACUGAUUUUUAACAGUACAUUUUUCAGGCUGUAUUAUAUUUACAUCUACUCUGUGUUCACAUUCGAGUGGGUAUGUUAUUUUUGUUGGUAUGGAUUACUGAAUUUAUUUGUUCACAUGUCUGAAAUUGUGUUGUGAAGGAUUAUGGUAAUGACUGCAAAAUCAGUUCUCCAUGGUUGAUACUGCAAGUAGUUAGGAGCUUUGUACUGAGGAGAUUGAUAAGGAAAGUCUAACAUUGAAAUUGAAAUGAUUAAUUCCAUAUCAUACAGUGAAAUGUUGCUUGCUUGUUACAACUUUAGUUGUUUUGCACAGGGGGGAAAAAUACAUUUGGAAAUCUACUUGUAUCUAGUUUGAUGUAUCAUGUGUCCUUGUUCAGACAACAUUGUUUUAUUUUUUUACUGAAAGCCCAUACUGUGGAAUGGGAACUGUAAUUGUAAUGUCAUUUGUUUAUUUCAAGAAUGUUGCACAAUUAUUAUUUUGAGUGUGAGAGGUAUGAUCUAUAGAUGACUGCCAAAAAAAGAAAAUAACAUUUGACUGGUUGAUUGUAUUGUCUUGGCAGUAUUGGAAUAAUGAGACGUAGCUAUUUGGUAAAACAACUUUUGCCUUGUUGGAUGAUAUGUCAUCAAUAGGAUGUGGGUGUAAUUUCCUUAUGUUCUGGAGCAUAUUUGUAUUGAUUGUUUAUUUUUCUAAUGUAUUAUAUGAUUUGCCAGAUGUCUUUUUACUCAGGAAACCCCUGUGGGAGAUGGUAAACAACAUUUCUUCCAUCUCCGAGGUUAUGUUUGAGAGACAACCACGUUUCCAUCCAGUUUGCAUGCUAGUAAAAAGAAAAAUCAAGACCGCUUUGAUGGAAACAGGAACUUUCGGUGCAGGUUUGUUCGACAUGGUGGCAUCUUUUUUGUCUAAAAUUAAUUAUGCGAGAUAUGGCGGCGGAAACCAUCAUAUCGAAGUAAACUAGGAGACACACCAUCAUAUGCUGUGUGAUCCUCCCACAAUGACUCAGGAAACCAUGCAGUUUGUGAAAUAAUUUAUGAUGAACUUUACAGGGUGGUGAAAGUGCACGUUGAUGAGUUUGAUGGUAAUUUCCAAUAAAUAUAUACUAAUUCUGGUGACAUGAUGAUCGACACUUGACUCCAGUUUGGUGUUUCCAAAGUUGUCAAGAUACAAAAUACAGCCAUUGACGCAUUUUGCAUCAUAUGAUGCUGGGUUUUGCAGCAUUUGAUGCAAAAUGCAUCGUAGUGUAUUUUGACAGUUUCUUUAUGCAGAAUUUUUUAAUAUUCGCAUAAAUCUGUCACCAAUUGGAUGGCAUUUCUUCCAUCUCUAAGAUUGUUUGGGUCAUUUUUGUUUUUCACCCUGGUGAAGAUUUUGUCAUAAAUUCCAUUUUUAAAAUAUUAGGCAAAUUAAUUAACCUAUUAAUUGUACAUGUAUUGAAAUUGUGUAUAAAAAGGGUUGUUAAUGAAAUAUACUCCACGUGGGUGGGGUGAGGGAUGGAAUUUCAGAUUCCUUUGUCCAUGCAACCUCAACUACCCUUUUCCUGUUAAAUAACAAAAUAAAGAUUGCAACUUA